UUGGCGCUCGCCCUCGGUCCGGGAAGCAUGGUACUGUCCAGGCUCAUCUGCGCCUUCUUGCUCGUCGCCUGCUGCUGCUGUCGCCGCGCCGCGGGUGUGCCUGGAGAGGCAGAACAGCCUGAGCCCGAGCUGGUGGAGGUGGAAGUGGGCAGCACAGCCCUUCUCAAGUGUGGCUUCUCCCAUUCCCAGGGUAACUUCAGCCAUAUCGACUGGUUUUCUGUCCACAAGGAGAAGCCGGCACUCAUCUUCCGUGUGCGUCAGGGCCAGGGUCAGAGCGAACCUGGGGAAUAUCAGCACCGACUCAGCCUCCAGGACAAAGGGACGACUCUGGCCCUGACACAUGUCACCCCCCAUGAUGAGCGCAUCUUCCUGUGCCGGGACAAGCGCCCUCGGUCCCAGGAGCACCGCAUCCAGCUCCGUGUCUACAAAGCUCCGGAGGAGCCAAGCAUCCAGUUGAAUACCUUGGGCAUUUCUGUGAGCAGCAGGGAGCCUGAGGAGGUUGCCACCUGUGUGGGGAGGAAUGGGUACCCCAUUCCUCAAGUCAUCUGGUACAAGAAUCGCCAGCCCCUGAAGGAGGAGAACCGAAUCCACAUUCAGUCAUCCCAGAUCGUAGAGUCAAGUGGUCUGUACACCUUGCGGAGUGUUCUGAAGGCACAGUUGCUUAAGGAGGACAAAGAUGCCCAGUUUUAUUGUGAGCUCAACUACCGGCUGCCCAGUGGGAACCACAUGAAGGAAUCGAGAGAGGUCACUGUCCCUGUUUUCUACCCAGCGGAGAAAGUGUGGUUGGAAGUGGAGCCUGUGGGAAUACUGAAGGAAGGGGACCGUGUGGAAAUCAGGUGUUUAGCUGAUGGCAACCCCCCACCCCACUUCAGCGUCAGCAAGCAGAACCUCAGCACCAUGGUGGUGGAGGAGGAGAAGACAACCGAUGACAAUGGGAUCCUGGUCUUGGAGGCUGUCCAGAAGAAGCACAGUGGGCUUUAUCAAUGUCACGGCCUGGACUUAGAAACAUUGGUAUCACUGCAAAGUGACCCACAGGAGCUGCUGGUGAACUAUGUAUCUGAUGUCCGGGUAAGCCCCGCAGCCCCUGAGAGCCAGGAAGGCAGCAACCUCACCCUGACCUGUGAGGCAGAGAGUAACCAGGUUCCUGAGUUCCAGUGGCUGAGAGAAAAGACAGGGAAGGUGCUGGAAAAGGGGCCUGUGCUUCAAUUACACAACCUGAAACGGGAGGCAGGGGGAAGCUACCGCUGCAUGGCAUCUGUGUCCAGCGUACCUGGCCUAAACCGCACACAGCUGGUCAACGUGACUAUUUUGGGGCCCCCGUGGAUGGCAUUAAAGGAGAGGAAGAUGUGGGUGCAGGAGAAUGCGAUGUUGAACCUGUCUUGUGAAGCAUCAGGAAAUCCACGGCCCACCAUCUCCUGGAAUGUUAAGGGCAUGGCAAGCGAACAAGACCAAGAUCCGCAGAGUGUCCUGAGCAUCCUGAAUGUCCUUGUGACUCCAGAGCUGUUGGAGACAGGUGCUGAAUGUAUGGCCUCCAACUCCCUAGGCAAAAACACUACCAUCAUUUUCCUGGAGCUGGACUCCAACAGAACUGGCCUCAACACGUCCACUGUCAACCCUCAUGCCAGAGCCAACAGCACCUCCACAGAGAAAAAGCUUCCCAAGCCGGAAAGCAAGGGUGUGGUCAUCGUGGCUGUGACCGUGUGUGUCCUGGUCCUGGCUGUGCUGGGUGCUCUCCUCUAUUUCUUCUACAAGAAGGGCAAGCUGCCUUGUGGGCGGUCAGGCAAACAAGAAAUCACGCUGCCCCCAUCUCGUAAGAGCGAAUUUGUAGUUGAAGUUAAGUCAGAUAAGCUCCCAGAAGAAAUGGGCCUCCUACAGGGCAGCAACGGUGACAAGAGGGCUCCAGGAGACCAGGGAGAGAAAUACAUCGAUCUGAGACACUAGCUGCUGAAUUACACUGAACUCUCCCCCCUCCCUGCCUGGACAUGUCUUGUUCCCUGCUCACCCUCAUCCUCCGCACUCAGGAUGGUCGCUAAAGCCUCUAAAGUGGACGACAGAGAAGACCCCUGCUCCAGCUCACUUGCAGACCCAAUUUUAGAGGGUCAGUGGGCUAGGACCAGAGCCGUCCUGAGAAGGACCUCACGUAGCCCUGGAGGUGCGCUCCUCAGGGAUCAAUCCACUUUCUCAAUUUGUUGACGGGGCCUCAAUAUUCCAGGAGUGGGUAGGAGAGUUUCUUGCAGACUGUGUAUCUCUUUAUACGUUAUGAUGUAAAUACCCAUCUUCUACCAGCAGUUAGUGAAUUAGGUAGCCUAUUUAUCUUGAGCUGAUUUCCUGCCCCAAAGGCUAGCUUCAUAAUUCAGUUGUAUCACUAAACUGAGGACACACUGAGCCCAGGCCCCUCUCCACAGAUGAAGUAUGUUCACACCAGUUCUGGAUAGUACCCCAGCAGUAUGUAGAAGCAACUGCCUGCCUGCCUCAAGUCCCUUUUGUGACACUCCUUUCUCUGGGCAGAAGCCAGGAACUGGUGUCAUUCCUUAAAAGGUUUGCUGGGUAUAUCUCAUUGUCCCUGCAGUGUGGAAGCUGUGCACUGUUUUUCCAGAGUUAACGCCAUUGAGCUUGAGCUCCUGUAUUUAUUUGCCUCCUACUGCCCUCUCAAGGGAUGAUGUAAGACUGAUAGGUGAGGGCAGGGGACAGAGAUGAGGUCCCGACGGUCCUUUAUGGGGAUUAAGGUUAUAUUAGCACCAAACUUCUACAAACUAAGCUAGUGGGCCUAGACCUUAAAAGAAGGGCCCUAAUGAGAGGAUGGUACUUUAGGAUGAGAAACAGAGGCCUGGCUAGAGCUUGGGGUGUGAAAGUAUAUCUGUGUGUGCGCGUGCGUGUAUGUAUGUAUGUGUGUGUGUGUGUAUGUAUAUAUAUAUAAGAAUACAUAUAUGUAUGUAUAUGGUUUUGUUAGGUUGUGUGUAAAUUUGCAAAUUGUUUUAUAUAUGUAUAAAAAAAUAAAGCUAAAUUGUCCCAAAAA